CUAUUCAAUUCAAACACACAGAUACACACACCCCAGUAGAAGCAAGAAACAAGAACCUGAUACUCACACCUCUCUCUCUCUCUCUCUCUGUGUGUAUAUAUAAAUAUAAAAAUUAACGCGUCUUUCAUGUUGUUACUCACACAACCCCAUGAAGAGAUAUAUAACAUACAAGUCUUGAAAACUCCACAACACAUGAACCCCUCUUUCUCUCUUCCAGUUUCUGCGUGAAUGAUCAAAACUUGUAACCAUUGAAAGAAAGAGAAUGGCGAAUUGGGCAAUUCUUGUUCAGAAUUGCAUAUCCAAGAAACCAAACAAUCAACUAACAAGACUCUACCUUCUCACCUUCACAACCUUCCUCUGCACACUCUUCUACCUUCUCGGUCUCUGGCAACACUCGCCAACCACCAUCGCCAUCUCCGCCAAUCGCAACCUCGCCUCCGGCCACCGAACCUGCCUCAAUUCCACCUCCACCGCCGUUGCAACCCCUUCCCCUGACCUCGACUUCUCCGCACACCACUUCGUCCCCGACCCUCCCCCCACGAAGGCGCGUGACAUACACGCGCCGCCAUGCGACCCGGCGAUGUCAGAAUACACGCCCUGCGAGGACGUGCAGCGGUCUCUGAAGUUCCCCCGAGACCGGCUGAUAUACAGGGAGAGGCACUGUCCGGCGCCGGAGGAGAUUUUCCGGUGCCGGAUUCCAGCGCCAUUCGGAUACCGAGUACCGCUGCGGUGGCCGUCGAGUCGCGAUGCGGCGUGGUACGCGAACGUGCCGCAUAAGGAGUUGACGAUAGAGAAGAAGAACCAGAAUUGGGUUCGGUUCGAAGGGGACCGGUUCAGGUUCCCCGGUGGUGGGACCAUGUUUCCACGUGGCGCAAGCGCGUAUAUCGAUGAUAUCGGAGACCUCAUUAACCUUAAAGACGGGUCCAUCAGAACCGCCUUAGACACUGGAUGUGGGGUUGCUAGUUGGGGGGCUUAUCUUCUGUCACGUGACAUAAUAGCAGUGUCAUUUGCACCAAGAGAUACACAUGAAGCUCAGGUUCAAUUUGCUCUUGAACGAGGAGUUCCUGCAUUGAUUGGAGUUCUUGCCUCAAUUAGGCUUCCUUACCCUUCAAGAGCCUUUGACAUGGCCCACUGCUCACGUUGCCUCAUUCCAUGGGGCCAGAAUGAGGGGAUUUAUUUGAAUGAAGUUGAUCGUGUACUGCGUUCUGGUGGGUAUUGGAUUCUAUCAGGGCCUCCAAUAAACUGGGAGAACCACUGGAAAGGUUGGGAGAGGACUCGUGAGAGUCUCAAAGAUGAACAGGAUGGGAUAGAGAAAGUGGCAAAAAGCCUAUGCUGGAAAAAAUUGGUACAGAAGAAUGACCUUGCAAUUUGGCAGAAGCCCACCAAUCAUAUACAUUGCAAAAUAACGCGAAAGGUCUUCAAGAAUAGACCCUUCUGUGAGGCACAGGAUCCAGACACAGCAUGGUACACUAAAAUGGAUACCUGCUUGACACCACUGCCAGAGGUAAAUGACAUCAAAGAAGUUAGUGGUGGCGAAUUGGCAAAGUGGCCUGAGAGGCUAACAUCAAUUCCACCAAGGAUUAGUAGGGGAAGUUUGGAAGGGAUUACGGGUGAAAUGUUCAAAGAAAAUACCGAGUUAUGGAAGAAUAGAGUGGCAUACUACAAGACCUUGGACUAUCAGCUAGCAGAGAGAGGGAGGUACCGUAAUCUGCUUGAUAUGAAUCCUCAUUUGGGAGGCUUUGCAGCUGCACUAAUUGAUGAUCCUCUGUGGGUCAUGAACACUGUCCCUGUUGAGGCUGAGAUCAACACACUUGGUGUCAUAUAUGAACGUGGAUUGAUUGGAACCUAUCAGAACUGGUGUGAAGCCAUGUCCACAUAUCCGCGAACUUAUGACUUCAUACAUGGUGAUUCAGUUUUUAGCCUCUACCAGAGCAGAUGUAAAAUGGAGGACAUUCUUCUUGAGAUGGAUCGAAUUUUGCGGCCACAAGGUAGUGUAAUCUUGCGUGAUGAUGUGGAUGUGUUGUUGAAGGUGAAGAGAUUUGCAGAUGAAAUGCAAUGGGAUGCUAGAAUUGCAGAUCAUGAAAAGGGACCUCACCAAAGAGAAAAGAUACUAAUAGCAGUUAAGCAAUACUGGACAGCCCCACCACCUGACCAAAAUCAACACAGAAAGCUCUAAUCUCAUAUGCUUUCUGUCCUCAAGAUUUGUGUAUUUUUCUUUUCAUGUCAAAAUUUAAUUUUUUUUUUCAUGAAUUCUAUUCUUUUCCAACCCCGGUUUCUGUGGGUGGAGUAAAGUGGAAAGUUUCCUUAAAGCGAUUAUGGGUCCUGAGUUUUUUGUUUUUUGGUGACUUAUCUAUAUCCUGUAAUUGUUCUUCAAAUCUAUCAGAAAGCUAUCAAAUGAGAGGUCAACUAAUGGUGGACAAGGGUCGCAAAAGAACCAAACAGCUGUGUACAAAUGUUUUGCUAUGCUUGACACAAAGCUAGAUAAGAUUUUGUU